AUGCCAGCAUCCAUUGGUUUCCUUGCCUUGCGUUGUUCUCUCAGACCUUGUGCUGGCCUCGUUAUUUUGAGGCCCACUGAAUCGGCAUCGUUGUAUCGCUCUGACACGAUUAGGCCAAACGGGAGCCGUUAUGUUGAAGCAUCGACAACGCCUGACGAGGACGACGACGACAACAAGACCAUUCGCAGCAUCCAUGACGUGUCACAAGACGCCGCCCUCUUUGAAUUCACGGAUUUCGAGCUGGAUCUAUCCUGCCUCUCUACACCACUUUCACCUGCUGCGUCUACCUCUAAUUUACCGCCAGACACGCCCUCCCCUCCUCCAUCGCCCCAACCCCAGCUUUCUCGAGCCACAUCAUUCACUACCUCGUAUGCAUCACAGACUAUCGUGAAAAAGCCAUCGAAAAAGCUGUCAAUACCCAAAUUCGUUUCUCUCCCGUCGUCCUCCAAUGGCACAAGGGGAUCCUGGCCUCUGGUUAAAUAUGCUGGGCGCGGGACACCUAUUGACCGUACACGCAGGAUGGAAUGGGGUGGCUCGAUAUCCGAGUCAGAGGAAGUCGGUGAAGAUGGGGUGCUGUUCUCCGCAGUCCGUUCUACGUCGUUGGAGUCAGCCAGUCGACCGUCCCAGCGUUCCGCGCGGUCUGUGACGCCCGAGUGGAGCUACCUCUCACCGUUGUCUUCUGUGCGCACGCGCUCGCCCGAGUCGAAUUCGCAUUCGAGGAGCGAGGCGUCUCUGCAUGAGCAAGCGCCCGAGUUGGCUCCGAUUGCGAUUGAGGACGAAUGGGAUUCAAUCAUACAAAGUGUCCUAGGGUCCAAUACCUCCGAACCCUCCUCUUCGUCCUCUGCUUCUGAGACGCAGCAAAGUUCCGAGGUUGAUGCUGAUGCCCAGCCGCAACAGCAGAAACGUCGACCAGUGCCUAUUGUCGAGUUCCCCAUGAUGUCCCCGGAACAGAUCAGGCAGCUGAACACGGGGCUCGAGAUUGAUCUGGGCAUUGACAAGGCCUUGGAUUUGGGACUGGGGCCUCGAGGAAUGAACUUGGUAAACUUGGGAUUGCUUCCUUCGUCAGCCAGCGGACGGGAUACGCCGUCGAUGUACUCCCAGCCUAAUACGCCUAGGGACUCUCCAACGCCAUCUGCUCGUCAUCAGCACUUGAAACAAGAAGAGGUAGAGCAGGAUGGUGAACUUGAAACCCCAUCACCGGAGCAUGCGUCGCCUACCAGCAUGAAAGCUGCGGAUCAUGAUCAAGUGUUGUUCGAGCCAAAGACGGAGAUGUAUCCAUGGUGGCGGAAGGUGUUGUACAGGUUGAGAAAGAUGCAGAAUGUGAUGCAUCAUCAUAGAAGAAGGUUUUAG